AUGAAGUUUUUUAUCGAUGAUCUUCCAAUACUUUUUCCGUAUCCAAAGAUUUAUCCAGAGCAAUAUGCAUACAUGUGUGAUGUGAAGAAGUGCAUAGAUGUUGGUGGUAAUGGUGUGUUGGAGAUGCCCUCUGGAACGGGUAAAACUAUUGCACUAUUAGCCUUGUCAGUGGCUUAUCAGAUGUACUACCCAGAGCAUAGGAAGAUAAUAUAUUGUUCACGUACCAUGUCAGAAAUUGAGAAGGCGUUAAUUGAAUUGGAAAAGCUAAUGGACUACAGGGCAAAGGAACUAGGACAUGUGGAGAAUUUCAGAGGAUUAGGCUUGACAAGUAGAAAGAACCUAUGUUUACAUCCAGUAGUUGGAAAAGAAAAGAAGGGUACAGUGGUUGAUGAGAUGUGUCGACGUUUGACCAAUGGUCAACUUGGAGAGAAAGUGAGAGCUGGCGAGGCAAAUGCAGAUGAGCUUUGUUCUUGGCAUGAGAAACUAUAUGAAAAGGAUCCCGCAAAUUUGAUUCCACCAGGUGUUUAUUCCUUUCAGCAACUUUUGGACUACUGCAAGCAAGAAGGAACUUGUCCAUACUUUACUGUUCGUCGAAUGAUGCCCCUCUGUAAUAUUGUUAUUUAUUCUUAUCACUAUAUUAUAGAUCCAAAAGUUGCUGUUAGAGUUUCGAAAGAUUUAUCAAAAGAUAGUAUAGUGAUAUUUGACGAGGCCCAUAAUAUAGAUAAUGUUUGUAUUGAAGCUUUAUCCAUGGAUAUAGAUGAGGAUAUGCUGCAAAGAGCAACACGUGGUGCAAACGAUCUUAGCCGGAAGGUUGAUCAAGUUAAAAAAGUGGAUAGCUCGAGGUUACAGGAUGAAUAUGAAAAGCUCGUUGCAGGACUUAGAGAAUCUGAUAUGCUGAAGGAAUCUGAGGAGCCUUUCAUGGAAAAUCCGAUCUUACCUUCCGAUGUCUUGCAGGAAGCUAUACCUGGAAGUAUAAGACGAGCUGAGCAUUUUAUCUCGUUUAUGAAAAGAUUUAUAGAAUAUUUGAAAACUCGGAUGAAAGUGUUGCAUGUUAUUUCCGAAACGCCAACCUCUUUUCUUCAACAUUUAAAGCAGCUAACAUACAUUGAUAGAAAGCCACUUAGAUUUUGUUCAGAACGUCUUUCUAUGCUUGUGAGAACAUUAGAAGUCACUGAUAUCGAAGAGUUCACCUCUCUCAAGGACAUAGCAACAUUUGCAACUUUAGUUUCAACAUAUGAGAAUGGAUUUAUGCUUAUAUUGGAGCCAUACGAGACAGAAAAUGCAACAGUUCCGAACCCAAUAUUGAGGUUCACCUGCAUGGAUGCAUCAAUUGCAAUUAAGCCCGUGUUUGAUCGAUUUCCGUCUGUUGUUAUUACUUCCGGUACUAUAUCUCCACUUGAUAUGUAUCCUAGGAUGUUAAACUUUGACACUGUGGUUCAAGAAUCUUACGCUAUGACUUUGGAUCGAAGAGCAUUCUUACCUCUGAUAGUCACCAAGGGUUCUGAUCAAGUGGCUAUUUCUUCUCGGUUUGAGAUCAGAAACGAUCCUAGUGUGGUCAGAAAUUAUGGAACUUUGCUCAUGGAGUUCGUCAAGAUUACACCUGAUGGAAUGGUUGUCUUCUUUCCCUCAUAUUUGUAUAUGGAAAGUAUCAUAUCUAUGUGGCAAGGUAUGGGUAUUUUAGAUGAAGUCUGGAAAUACAAAUUGAUUCUAGUGGAAACUCCAGAUGCUCAAGAAACUGCAUUGGCAUUGGAAACUUACAGAAAAGCGUGCUUAAAUGGUCGAGGCGCUGUAUUACUUUCUGUUGCUCGUGGUAAGGUUUCCGAGGGUAUCGAUUUUGAUCAUUACUACGGACGAACUGUUCUUAUGAUAGGAAUUCCUUUCCAAUAUACUGAAUCCAGAAUUCUCAAGGCUAGGCUUGAAUUUUUGAGAGAUAACUAUCAAAUUCGUGAAAAUGAUUUUCUUUCCUUUGAUGCCAUGAGACAUGCCGCACAGUGCUUGGGACGUGUCCUUAGGGGAAAAGAUGAUUAUGGUGUAAUGGUGCUUGCAGAUCGAAGAUUCCUAAGAAAGAGGAGUCAGCUUCCUAAAUGGAUAGCCCAGGGAUUGUUGGAUGCAAAUGUGAAUUUAUCUACAGAUAUGGCAAUUGCUGCUGCGAAAAAGUUUUUGAGAACUGCAGCACAACCUUUAAAUCCAAAGGAUCAGGAAAAAGGUGUUUCGGUUUGGAACAUAGAACAGCUUCGAAGCUAUCAAAAGCAGCAGAAAAAGAUAAACGAUGCAAAUGGAUUAAAUGAUGCCGAUAGUAUGAGCGAUAAUAUGGAUGUCACAUCAGAAAAUGAUUCAAAUAAAGAUGAUCACAAGAAUGACUUCAAUAAUAAUGAAAAGUCAACUGCUGAUAUCAUUCAAACCACUGCAUAA